AUGUCUCCAAAAAUUCUCAACCUCGCAUUCCUCUCGCUUAUGUCCCUCACACCCCAUGUCCUCGCAUCCAAGGAUUCAUCAGCUUGCUACAACAGCCCCGGAGAUCUGACCCUGGCCGGCUCCUCUCAGUUCAUGUCCCGUGGCAUGUGCGAGAACAAGUGCGACAAGAACGCCGUCCUUGCCGUCCAGGGAACCGACUGUUACUGCGGCAGCAGUCUCCCUCCGCCUUCCGCCAAAGUGUCGAACGACAAAUGCGAUACUCCGUGUCCAGGAUAUCCAGUUGACUACUGUGGCGGCUCCAAAACCUGGACAGUCAUGUAUGACACCGGUCUCCUCGAGGAGGACAGCAACGAUUCCUCUUCGACCUCGCUGACAGUCAACCCGACUCUUGUGGCUACCAUCACCAAGGACAGCGCCAAUCCCACAGCGACCAUCCCAGCUGAGAUCCUGACAGCACCCUCGGCCACCUUCACGCAGCACCCUGGCGUGGCGCAUGGCGUGUCGUCCGGCGCUGCGUCCUCGUCUGUAGCCGCUGCUGCGUCAAAGUCGGCAAGCGCUUCUUCUGCCUCUGCAUCGGCCUCAUCCAGCACGCCGUCGGCUUCGCCCUCCGGUAGCGUUGGGUCCGCUGCGACCUUGAGUCGCUCGCUGGGGGCCGCUGGGUCGGUUAUGGGGACGAUUUUCAUCCCAUUGGUUAUGUCUUGGUUCUAA